AUGGCUACUACCGCUACAAUCCCAGAGGGUGGCACAUGGCUGGACACCAUGAAGAGGUCUUUCGAGGACGUCCCGGUUGAUGAAUCCUCCGACAAUGCCAUCUCAACCACUGAGUUCCUCGAAGCUGCUGAGUCUCUCGUGAAGCUAUUCGAUAUCCUCGGCUCUGUCGCCUUCACCCCUGUUAAGAAUGAUUUGCUGGGAAACAUCAAGAAAAUUCGAGACCGUCAACUUGCUGCCCCUGCUGAGUCUGAAACUCUUCAGGCCCUUGUUCUCAAUGAAUUGAAGGCCAAGCAACACAAAGCCACUGAAGGCUUAGUCUGGCUUAUUCGCGGCCUUGACUUCACCGCCCAAGCUUUCAGCAGGAACCUCGCUACGGAGAGCGAAGAACUAGCUUCCUCUUUCCGAGAAGCGUAUACCAACACCUUAAAACCGCACCAUAGUUUUGUGGUUAAGCCCAUUUUCAGUGCUGCCAUGUCGGCAACUCCGUACAGGAAAGAUUUCUAUGCAAAACUCGGAAGCGAUGAGCAAAAAAUACAUGCAGCGAUGAAAAAGGAGAUUUGUGCUUUGGAGAAAAGAGUAGCUAUCCUAAAUGAGUUCCUGGCACGAAAGGAGGCUAAAUGGUAA